UAGAUAGAAGACCUAUCUUCAACUACAAAUUCCUUCUCUUUAGAUCUUCAAAAACACAUUUGGGUUGUUGGGUAUUAGUCAUAUUGAAGAAAAAUACAUCAAGAGGCUCUAGAGUUAAUCAGAUUGAGAAUGGAUUCUUCCUUUCACCAACAAAACUGUCAUGGGAUCAUGGUUGAAGCUCAUGAGGGAGGUGAUGAUGUUGAUUCAGACAAUUCGAGUAAUUCGAUUUCAUCGAUUCUUUCCGAUUUCAUGGAUGAUGCAACGACGAAUGAGUCUUCUUCGCCCGAUCAAGUCUCCAAUAAUGGCCCUUUGUAUGAGAUGUCCUCUCUCAUGCAACAACUCCCUUUUAAGAGAGGAUUAUCAAAGUAUUUCCAAGGAAAAUCACAAUCAUUUACAUCUUUAUCCAAUGUGAGGAGCUUAGAGGAUCUUGCCAAACCAGAGAACCCAUACAACAAGAAGCUCAAGUCCUGCAAGAGCUAUGGAGGAUUGUCAGAAGGUCAGAAACCUUGGGCUCCCAAAACCAGCUCAAAGACUAUCACAAAGAAGCCUUCAAGGGGUUCUUGUUAUGCAGCUAAUGUAAGGAGGAACAACAGUUUCUUGGGCAACAGCAGGCCUCCAGUUCAUCCACAGAGAACUAAUAGUUUGAUUGUUUGAACGUUUAGUAACUAGAAGCUAUAUCAUCAUCUACCCAAAAAAUUCUUUAAAAAGAUCACUUGCAAUAUCAUUUGUAUAGCUUUUUUAUAUCUGAAGUCAUAGACAAAUAAAAUUUUUUUAAUGGCUUUACUUCUCUCUUUUC